UCUUUACCUGUCUGUACACUUCUUGUUCGUUCGAUAGGCAUAUGUAUUUUUAACAAGUAUUCAAAAGCAUUUAUAUGAAUAAUUCAUAAUAUUAUAAAUAUAGUGUUGAAGGCGUCAAUAUAUAAUAAAAAUUAUGUGUUCAAAUAGUUGAGAUUUGAGAUUAGAUAAUAAAAUGCAUGCUCAAGGAGUGAAACUGAAAGAUACGUCGUAAUUUGCGUUUGGUAUAUUUUUUAUCCUGCCAUAAGAAUGGAUUUUGGUACAUUGUUGAGCGUAGCGCAGAAAAAUGAAAAUAGCAAGCAGCCGAUUGCUUGCUAUCAAACAAAAUUUGCUCCACCUAAAAAGCCAAACAAACAGGCUAAAGCACUUUCGGAAAAUAUAAAGAAGUUUCUAGCACGCAAGGGAGAGGAAGAAAGACAAAAGGCUUUAGAAGAAAAGAGAAAAAGAGAGAAUCUGUUAGCAUUACGUGAUCAUAAAGCACAAAGUCGGAUAAAUAAACAUUUGAAAGUGUGUAAAGCAGCAAAUAAAUCUGUAUUGGCAGAUGCAAUUGACAAUGAGAAUACAGCUGUUACACUGGCAGGUCCAUCUCAACCUGAUGAAGAUGAUUAUGGCUACGUUUCACAGGAGGCCUCCGCAUUUUAUAAUCAGUUAAUGAAUAAAUAUAAUAGUGCACCAUCCAACAACAUAUUUUCUAAAGAUAAUCGGAAACGGACAAUAAAGGAUAUUGCAUCGACAAAAGACAGGGUUAAACAAGCUUUAAAACAACAAGAAGUAGAGGAAGCAUUAGGACAUCGUCGAAAAAGAAAAUUGUCUACGAAAGAGACAGAAGUAGAAACAGAUACGAAAAUUGAAAAAGAUGACAGCGAGGAUAAGAAAGAAAAAGAGGAGAAACCCAAACCCAAAAAGAAACCUAUGCCACCGCCAAUUGAUUUCAGCGAAUUAUUAAAAAUUGCAGAAAAAAAACAGCAUGAACCAAUUGUAAUUGAGGUAAAGCCGAAAAAUGAAGAACCAGAAAGGCUAUUAACGAAAAAGCAAAUGAAAGAAUAUGCAAAAGAAAAAGAAUGGCGAGAACGAAAGGAGCAGCGGAAUAAAGUUAAUAGUACGAACAGUAAAGAUAGUAUUUCGACUGUACCUAAUAAAUCUAGUAAAACACAGGAAUCGCAGGUAAAUGACACAAACAAAACGUCUAAAGUAUCUGAAAAGCUAUCUGCAACAUCUUCGACUUUGAGCAAAACUUCUUUAAAACCGACAACAGCAGCACAAUCAUCUAUUAAAAAGGUUGUCGAGAAACCUGUUCAAAAACCCAUUGAGAAAUCUGUUCAAAAAUCUAUCGAAAAGCCUGUUCAAAAUAAACCUAAUGUAAAUAAAUCUAACGCAGUAUCAAAAUCGGAGAAGGAUAUAUUAUUAGAAGAGCGAAGAAAAUUAGAAAUGGAAAGAAAAAAAUUAGAAGAAAUGCGACAAGCUAUUGAAGAACAAAAGAAAAAGUUAAAAUUAAGUAAAAGUAAGAUUGAAGAUAUUAAGAAUACGAAGUCUGAAAAGCCAGUCUCUAAAGUGAAGGUUCCAGAGAAACAAGAUUCACUCAAAAACAUACCAAAACAAGCUGCCACGGCGAAUAUAACGAAAUGUCGUACGCCUCAAAUGUCGAAUGAUAAAAUAAAACAAUUUCCACCAGCUGAUCUUAAACCGAUUAAGCCUAAGUUACCUCCUUCAAGGGAUCAAAGAAGACCAAUAGCUGCCCAUAAACGUCGCAUACAUGACGAAGAUGAAGAUGAAGAGGAAUAUGAUUCUGAAUUAGAAGAUUUUAUUGACGACGAAGUAGAAGAUGGUACCGAAGACUAUAGUAAAUACAUCAGCGAAAUAUUUGGUUACGACAAAAAUAAGUAUAAAUGUGUAGACAACGACGAUGAUGUAGCUAUGGAAAGCAGUUUUGCACAGCAGCUUAAAGAAGAAUAUGUAUCUACCAAAAUAGGUAUUAUGGAAGAUUUGGAAGAUAUGCGUAUGGAGGCUUUAGAAAAGAAACGAAAAGCACUUCUAAAGAAAAAUAUAAAAAAGUGAUUAUAAUACUGUUUAUAAAUUUUUAUUAAAGUCUAUUUAAUAAACUAUUAUAUAACAACUGAAUGGAUUUAUGUAUCUAAAUAGGUUAAAUUCGUUAUUUAUUUUAAUAUUUUUGUUGCAAUUUUUUGUAUUGAAAAAGUAUGUUAUGUAUGAAAAAGUGAUAACCGUAUAUUAAUGCUUACGUUAUAAUUUGAUAAAUAGAUCUUAAUUUUUCAUAUGGAAUAACGGCCCAAGUACAAAUACAGACCUUACACUAAUCAUAUCUUGAAAUAGUUAAGAAAGUUAGACUAACGAUGCCAUUUUUCAAUAAAGUCUAUAUCGUAAAAUUUAA